AAAUGAGCAACGCGAGGCGGUACUAACACAGGUGGGCGUGGAGCGUCGCAAAACGAAUGUAGCUACGUAAGCAAUUUUGUAUUAUCACACCUCCAGCUAAGCGGAACGCAAAGGAAAGUUGAAGGAAGUGAUGUGUACACGCGGAUGAUGUAAACACAGUUAUCUCAUUGAUUAUACGAUGUUGCUUCGUGGCAUUUUGCAAGUCGGAAGGUAGCGGUGUUGUUCAGAGGGUACUUUGCCCGUUUGUAAUUAAUUGUAUAACCGGCGCGGGUUUUCCGAUGGCUUCUGAUUGUAAAAGUACCGGCGACGGGAAAGUGGCCCUAAUUACUGGCAUUACUGGCCAGGAUGGGUCAUAUCUUGCCGAAUUUCUUCUUGCCAAAGGUUACGAAGUUCAUGGGAUUAUACGUCGAGCAAGCACAUUCAACACCUCGAGAAUUCAACAUUUAUACGCUGAUCCCAAUUCUCACAGACAAGACAAAAUGAAACUUCACUAUGGAGAUAUGACUGACAGUAGCUGUCUUGUAAAAAUAAUAAGUAAUGUACGGCCUGCAGAAGUGUAUAACUUGGCUGCACAGAGCCAUGUCAAAGUGUCCUUUGACCUAAGCGAAUACACUGCAGAAGUUGAUGCUUUAGGUACCCUAAGACUUCUUGAUGCAAUACGAACAUGUAAUCUUGAAAGACAUGUCAAGUUCUACCAAGCUUCCACGUCUGAACUGUAUGGAAAGGUCCUUGAAAUUCCACAGAAGGAGACAACACCAUUCUAUCCAAGAUCACCAUACGCAUGCGCAAAAUUGUAUGGUUACUGGAUAGUAGUAAACUACCGAGAAGCGUAUAAUAUGUUUGCGUGCAAUGGAAUUUUAUUUAAUCAUGAAAGCCCCAGAAGAGGAGAAAAUUUUGUUACCAGAAAAAUAACUCGCACUGUAGCUAAAAUUGCUUUAGGCCAGGUAGAUCAUGUUGAGCUAGGUAACCUAGACUCAAAGAGAGAUUGGGGACAUGCAAGAGACUACGUGGAAGCAAUGUGGUUAAUGUUACAACAAGAGGAACCAGAGGAUUAUGUUAUUGCUACUGGUGAAACUCAUAGUGUACGUGAAUUUGUUGAGGCUGCCUUUCACCAUAUUGGAAAAGAAAUCUUGUGGGAAGGCCAAGGCAAAGAUGAAGUGGGUCGUGAGAAAGGAAGCGGUAUCAUUCGUGUGAAAAUAAAUCCAAAAUUCUUUCGACCAACAGAAGUGGAUCUCUUGUUGGGUGAUCCCAGUAAAGCCCGUGAAAAAUUUGGUUGGAAACCAAAGGUCACGUUUAAGGAAUUGGUGCAAGAUAUGAUGGAGGCAGAUCUGGAAUUAAUGAGGAAGAAUCCUGGUGCCUGAAAUUUUGCAAUGCCUGACUAAAUUAAAUUUUUAAAAUUCAAUCAUAUUGCACUUGUUUUGCACGAAAAGGCCACAGAGGGAUAUUGAUCUAUGCAAUAAUAGUGCUUGGUAUCAGAAUUGUUUAUAAAUUCUGAAGAAUAUAAAAAAUUAAUCAAGAUUGUGUAACUAUUACGGAGAAGUGAUGUUUGGUAUGAAGUCUUUGUGUGAAUUUAUAUCUCUUGCUGCAAUUUGUGGUUAAUACAUUUUUAUGAUUCUGUCAAGACGGUGAGAUGGUAUGUUAGCAAUUUGAAUAAUGUGUACUGUAGAUUUUGAAUGACUUGCAAAACAAAGGAUUGUUAAAUGAAAAAUUUGUGUAUUAUGCUCAAUUUUUGCUACUUCUAUAUGCAUAAUUAAUUUGCACAGUAGUUUGAAAUUUAAACAUUAUUUUAUCACGUGUGUUAUUGAGGGUGUAUUCUACACAUUUUUAAGAAAUAUUGCACUACGUGUUUGGACAGCUCAUUGUUCUGUAAUUGUCCAAAAGUGUGGGGUAAGCACAGAAGAUUCCAUUGGGCUGUGAAACAUGACACUUGUGUUUUUUGAAUGUAACAAUGAACCCAGAUUUGCUGGAUUGUACAUUCCAUUAGAUGUGUACGUUGAAAGUUCUUUUGGAGUAACUGAAAUGUAAAUGAAACAAUUUUUAAAAAUAAUAUAUAUAUAACAAAGAUUGUUAUAUUAUAUGAUAUAUCCAUGUUACCAAACAUCCUCGAACAUUAAUUAGAGUUUCCUUAAUUCAUUUCAUUGAAGUAUGCCAGCCAGAAUAUUGCAUUAUAAAAAAACUUACUGUGUUGGUUAAUGUGAAUGUAUUUCCCCUAUUUUAAGAUUCUUUUCUGCUCUUUUGAAAAAUUGUGGAAAUGACUGAUGGUAUGCUAAGGAAGAUUAUGAAGUACUCUCCUAUGAAAACUAUUGUGCCCUUGACAUAGAGAGUAAAGGAAGACAGCAUUGCUACUAACAAGACUCAUUGAUUUUGUCUGCCCCUUGGGAAAGCAAUA